AUGAUCUUGACGAGCAUAUUUGUGUGCUUCUGUGUGGCAUCGGCCAUUAAUUAUUUGAAAACGCGUAGACAACGUAAAACGAUCAAGAAUCUCAAGGGUCCCUUCACUUGGCCAUUGCUGGGAUCCAUGCACAAACUGUUACUGUUGACACCAAAAAAUUUCUUUCACCGCAGCUCAACAUAUUUGGCCAAAUAUGGAAAAUUUAGUCGCUGCUGGGUUUUCCAUCGUCUUUUCAUACCAGUGGCAGAUCGAGAAUUGGCCCAACAAUUGCUGCAUAAUGAACAAUACUUGGAAACUGGCAAUGAACUGAUGCAAGAUUGGCUUAACGGUGGCAUACUAAUGUGCAACAAAGAUCAAUGGCCACAACGUCAUCAGAUGUUGAGCAAACUAUUCGAGCAGCAAAAUCUAAUGCAAUUGGUGGACUUAUGUCGUUAUCGGGCAGUUCAAUUCGAACUGAAGUUCACCGAGAAGGCCAAUCAAGAAGUAUUUAAUGUCUGGGAAGUUGUCUCACCUCUUGUAAUGGAUCUAAUGGUCAUGAUCACUUGCGGCGUGAGGCCCACUGAGGAUUAUACUGUGGCAUUGAAUAGUUUGUGUGAGCUAUAUCGCCAGCGUUUUCUCAGCGCUCAAUCGGCUAAUCGAUUUACCUUUUGGCUAACCUGUCCUUUAAUGCGACGACGUCAAAAGCGUCUAAUUAAACAUUUAAACGCCAAUCAUAAGCAGUUUAUCAAUCAGAACAGACGUCAAUGGCAAAUGCAAGAGCAAACCAAAGGCAAUUGUUUCAUAAUCGAUGCAAAAUAUCAUCAAUCCCUGUUGGAUAUUCUACUUCUACAAGGAGAUCUCUCGGAGAAUGAAAUCUGUGGCGAAUUGAAUACUUGCAAUUAUUUCGGCUAUUUAUUGUGUAGUACAACAAUUUGUUUUGCCCUUGUCAUGAUUGCUCGUCAUCCGAGUGUCCAAAUGCGUUGCCUAGAAGAGAUUAAAAAGGCCAGAGACUCUGCUGGUUGGGAUCUGCAGCGUUUGCCAUUUCUAGAGUCUGUCAUAAUGGAAACUCUGCGUCUCUAUCCCCCUCAAGUGAUUGUGGGGCGAGAGUUGUCUACUGAUUUCCCCUACACUCAUUCGGUGGUGGGCAAUGGAAAUCUUCCAGCUGGAGCUGAAAUCUAUAUCAAUCUGUUCGAGAUGCAACGCAAUGGAGAACAUCAAUUGAAUGCCCAACACUUUCAGCCCGAACGUUUUCUCGAGAAUCCUCCUGAACUACUUAGCUUUGGCAUCGGACAGCGUGCUUGUCCGGCCAGGCAAUUUACAGUGUCGCUUCUCAAAUCCCUGUUGGCUCCCAUUUUAGAGAAAUUUGAAUUUUUACCCUAUGGUGAUGCUCUGAAACUUGAUCUACAGCUAAUACUCGGCUCACGAAAUGGUUUUCAAUUGGCAUUGAAAGAGCGUUGA